AUGAAGGUCGCACUUGCAAAAUGGGGCCACAAGAUCAACGACUCCGAGCUCCAGGAACUGCUGGCCAUGUCAGAUGUGGACGGGGACGGCCUCAUAGACUAUAACGAGUUCGUGGCCGCCACCAUGCACAUGAGCAAGCUGAACAAGGAGGAGGUGCUGCAGCGGGCCUUCAAGGCGCUGGACAAGGACGGCAGCGGGUCCAUCUCGAUUGACGAGCUGGGGGAGGCGCUGCGGGGCUUUGGCAUUUUCGACGAUGCGAAGGCGCUGCUGGCGGGGGCGGACACGAACAAGGACGGCACGAUAGACUACGCCGAGUUCAGCUGCCUGCUGCGCGCCAACAACGAGGACCUCAAGCACAGCGGCCACAACCAGGCUAAGGGCUUCUUCUCGCGCUUCUUCUGA